GUCCUUAGACACCUUCGGAUCUCUCACAUCUCUCAAAGGCCAGAGUUUUCGUAUCUGCGAAGAUCACCAGUAUAGCAAAUUAGCCACUAUAUGUCAUCAUACUGGUGAGAUAACUUAUGCUCCAUUAAGUAUGUCAUAUUAUGUCCCAGGUUCUUGGUGCCAUAGU